AUGAAGGCUUGCAGCCUGAGAGCCUACAUGAUAGGCCUACUCUGUACCAUCCUAGCACACAACUUUGUCGCUGCGCUCGGGCUGGCAAAUAUCACGACCGAACUUGGUCCUCGGCUCUCUCCAGGUGCACGAAUCAUUCUCCCGAAUAGUCCAGACUUUGCAAAUGCCACCUACAGAUGGUCUACCUUUGCUGAGCCUCGUCUCAGUGUUGUCGUUGAGAUCGCCACAGAGGAGGAUGCUGCGGAAACAGUCAAAUACGCCAAUGAACAAAAUUUUCCUUUCAUCGCUAUAGGUGGUGGUCAUGGUGUAACGACUAGCUUGGCAAAUCUCCAUUAUGGCAUUGAAAUAUGGCUCCAUAGACUCAACUGGACCAUCAUUUCGGAGGACGGUGAUACGGCUACUAUAGGUGGCGGUAUCAUUGCUGGUAAUCUCAUCCAGGCCUUGUGGCAAAAGGGGAAGUAUGCAGUAACUGGCUCGUGUGAAUGCACUAGCUACCUUGGUCCGCUCCUUGGAGCAGGCCACGCUGUCCUACAAGGGAAAUAUGGCUAUGCCAUGGAUCAACUUGUUUCAUUGCAUCUCGUGACUGCAGAUGGAGAGCUCCUUGAUGUGUCAGCCUCCGACCCCGAUCCUGACCUGUUUUGGGCCUUGCAGGGCGCUGGCCAUAACUUCGGAAUCGUCACUUCGGUAACUACGAAGAUCCACGAUAUCCCCGACCAAGGUCUUUGGGCUCACGAGGACUACUUCUACGGCCGUGAUAGCAUUGAGAAUCUUUUUGAGACAUGGAACCAACUCCUUCCACGUCAACCUCCUACUGUGGCGAUUGUUGGCUUUAUAUUGCGAAAUGCCAGCAUAGAUGCCGUGAAUCCAGUGGUAGUACUCUCUCUCAUGCAGGAAAACGUCUCUCGUGUCGAUCCCAUCUACACCGAGCCCUUCCGCAAUGCGAAUCCUAUCUCUGUCUCCUCCGGCUUCGGGACAUACAGGGAUAUACCAAGGUGGUUACGAUUCGAUUUCAACAAUUCCGUAUAUUGUACUACCAGGAAUGUUUCCGCGCUGCAUUUUCCAGUCGGUCUCCGUAGAUGGAAUAUUACAACGCAGCGCAUGGUGUACGAUGCUUUCGCAACGAUCACUGCGGGCAACUCCCCGUUCAAUGCUUCCGAGUUUCUGCUCGAGGGCUUCCCAGUGCAAGGCGUCAAAGCCGUCCCUGAAGACUCUACGGCAUACCCUUGGAGGGGCGACAAUCUCAUUGCAUAUCCCCUUCUCAGGUAUUAUACAAACAUGAGCCUAGAUCAUACGGCCAUUGAGGUCGGCGAAGGAUUUCGGCGAAAACUUCUCGAGGGCAGCGGCUCGGAAGAAUUGCACUCAUACGUUAACUAUGCUCUUGGCGACGAGUCACCAGAACAGAUUUAUGGCUAUGAGGAGUGGCGAUUGGACAAGUUGAAAGAGCUGAAGAAGAAGUAUGAUCCGGAGAGGCGGUUCAGCUUUUAUGAGCCUAUUCCUAUCUGA